GGAAAGAGAUGAUAUUAGCCCCUUUACACAACCUUCUACGAGGCGGGAGCAAGAAGCAAAUGCCAAGUCAUACGGACGGUUUGCUUUGGUUCUGAUCUCCAAAGAAACGAACUUUAUUGAUUGGUACCAGUCUCUACAAGAGCACUUGCUAUCUAAUUGACGGUAACUUACUCUUCAACAGCCCAGGAACUCAAGAGCACUCGAACUGUGCACGGACCAUUUUAAAUACUCUCAAAAGGGUCUGAAUACACGUCAAACGACCUUUCAAAGGACUUACAGACUCGAGGAAUAGAGCUCGGUGGUUUCUCGCUUCUCCGAGGAUUGUACCGGUACGGGUUUAGCGGGUAGGGUCGAGGAAAUCUUCCUGCAUGUGCCGCAGGGAAUAUCUCGCCAAUCAGCUUCUAGCAUAAUUUUCGACUCAGCACCCAUAAAAGCUGCACCCCCCUCCUCAUCUUGCCAACUUUCUCCUACACUCCUUCACCUACUUCCAUUUCAUCAAAAUUCAUCUCACAAUAAUCAGCAAAUUGAUUCCACGUACCCCGGACAUCCAAAGAAUCUUCUAGGAAUAUCAACACGUGAGUAACACUUGGUACCCUCGUUCGGUUUGAUCAUCGCUUGAUGACUCCGUCUAGGUUCGUCAGAUUACCAGCACGGUCAACACAAUCCGCCAACAGCUCAUCACCUUCAAGUGAUUCAUCAAACAAACCAUCUUCAAUUAUCAAGUUGUCAUCCGUAAUCAUCAAUAUAAAAACGACCUAGGCAGUAAAAUGUCAAGAAGCAUCCCUCCUGGUACCAAUAACUCACCGGUGCAUCAUUACUUCGACUAUACCGCGUCACCAUAUGAAUUGGAAUGGACCGGCCUUCAUAGAGAAGCAAUGCCUAUAUUGGUCGAAGUAUCCAAUAUAGGUCAGAGAUCACAUGCUCCCAGACAAAAAUCUGUCCAUUUCGCUUCUAGAGACAUUGACGAGUUCAACGAUCUCAAGAUACAAUCAAGUGAUAAAAGACACAAGAACCAUACCACCUCCCUCAAUGUUAUGAAAAGUUCGGGAAGGAAAAAGAUUCCAUCAUCUUCGGAAUUGUUCAAGGCAGCUUCUUCCUGCUACGACCCUAGCUCGACUCAGAAUCAAGCAUUCAAUCGUCGCACGAUCCGGGAUCAACCCAUUGACCGAGGUUAUCGAAUGGAACUCAAGGCACGAAAUCACGAUUCAAUCCAGAAUCAUCAAUUCAAGCUCAUUGCAGCCAGUACUGAACCUCAAUACCCUCCCCGUGUUCCAAGUCCUCCAAUGAAGCGAGACCCGCCACCCACACCCCGACCUGCACGGUUACCUACACCGGAUUUCGAGGAAAAUUGCGAUGGUCGUCUUCACUUCUGUAACUGCCUUGGGUGUUAUGAAGGCAGGAAGCCCCAACGCGUUGUUGGGAGUGAAAGACAAGAAGCAUCGGCGUAUUUGAAGAUGGAAAAUCAAUAUCAAGCAGCCACUGCCUACAUACGCAAUGCGAGACCAACCGAAAGCCAGCAAAGACAGAAUUUUACUGUUGUAUCAACGGAAGAUUUUUAUGUAAGCAAUCUAAUACGGUUAGGAUACCCUCAAAACGCUGUCAUCACAGCUUUGGAAGCGUGUGGAUACGACUUUGAAAAGGCGGCGACUUUGUUGAAAUAUAAUUAUUGAUCCUCCGUAUUUGAACUUUUGUUUCUUUUUUCAAAUCCAGUCCUACAAAGCGCAAAGAUGUUUCUUGCUGGCGUAUCUGCUUUGAGGGCUCGUACAUGGUGUAAUUUGUAUAUUUAAUUCUGAUGUAUAUGUGUAUUGAAUCAAACUUCAAUUUUCUAGCAGUUUGCACUCGUAUUUCGUGAGUAACGGCUUGUGAUUCAUAUGAGAGCUCGCUUUCGAGGGCAAGAAGACUUCGCACAAUAAAACCACAUCCAAACAUGCCAGGUGUAUGAAAGUGAAACAGAUAUGAAUGGAGUCAUGUAGCGAUAUUCGGUGGACGAUGGUCCUUUUUAUUCUCAUUUUCUUUAGCUGAGAACUCGUUUCCUUCGGCGUCAACUCCGAGCUUGUCAUCCCAUCUGCGGACAAAUAUAGGCAGAGAUUUUCAAUUUUCGUAAGUGUGGGAAUGCGCCAAACAGGCAGUGCACCUUGCUCGACAUCGACUUUUCAGAUGAUAGCGUCGUUCGUUAUGCUAUAGUCGCUCGUCCGGCCGUGUAUUCGCUCAUUAUAUCAACCACCGAAACAAACUUCCAAAUCAAAACAAGUUGUAACAAAAAUUCGUGGAGAUAUUGAUGAGUUUACUUCUUAACAUGUCGUUGAAGCUGACUUUCGUCAAUGAAAUCGCGUUGCUCCA